AUGGUGUCGAGAGAAUGGGCUCCAACGGGUGGCGGUGGGAGCGGGUUGGGCAUCGUGCGACUGGUUGCUGUGGCAGGGGAUUCCCAGUGGAGAAAGGUGGAGAUGCGGCCAGACUGCGAGUUUCGACUUUCAACGAAACUACAUCACACUCCCAAAACCUUGCUGGCUUCUGCCCGAUUCGCAAAGGCACUGAAAUUUUUAACCGCUUGUGUGUUGACAUCCGGCGCAGCCCCCGAUAAGCACCCUCGAGACAUCCCGCGAUGA